AUGGCGCGAGACAAAGAAUCCAGCAUGGCCUGCACCGACGGUUGUCAGCCCGAGACUGACGCUGCUAUCUCCCCGACGAAAAAGAAGAAUCUCAGAAGACCCCUAAAGAUUCAACAGCGUCCCACCACAACAGCUCUCACAUCCCAUGACUAUAGAGAGGAGGAUCCCGAGAUCGGGAUUGGUGUGGAGAUGACUGAGUACUCGGACCACUCGAACACCUCGAUGACAAAGUUCCAAGAACCAGCAUCGCCACCAUCGAUCUAUGAGGCUCCCAUCGCCAUCCCGGAAAUGCCCAUCUUUGAGGAUUCCCCCACCGAUCACGAGUCCGAAAAGCCCCCUGUCACCCCGAGAAGAGCCGCACCUCCAGUGGCGUCCAACAAUACUUCCAACAAGGCCGAUCCCAACGCAAGCCGCUUGGCAAAGAAGCAGAACGACACGAUGUCCAUUGCAGAAGACCCAAGAAAGUGCUACCGCGAAGGUCGCUCGAGGCGUUGA